UCAUCUUUUCUAUCUUUUCUUUCAAUGGAAACUUAUAUUGAUCUAGAUCAAGCCUCCAUGAAUAUGAAAAACUCAAUAACAUCAUCAAGAACAAGGGAUGAUAUUGGUGAUAAUGAUAAUGAUCGUGAUCGUGAUCAAGAUUGGAUCGAUACGGGCCGAUCUUACGAUUGUAUAUUCUGCAAAAGAGGUUUCACCACAGCCCAGGCUUUAGGAGGUCACAUGAACAUACACAGGAAAGAUCGAGCAAAAGCUAAGCCAACCUCGGCCACCAAGAGUUACGCAAUACUCAAACAAACCGAACCGAUCCAACCGAAUUACUACAAGUUUAUGGAUUCUUCUUCUCCUCCUAAUUCCUCGUGUGCCAAUAUUAUUGCAAAACUGCCCAACUUUCAUGGUAAUCGUUUUUUGGAUCAAGGAUUGAUUACUCCUCUUACUUUUCAUGCUGCCUUUCAAAUGAGUUUGAGCUCAAACUUUGGUCGAGUUCAUGGAGUCGACUUAGCGACGAAGAAGAAGAUAUUGGGCGAGAGGGAAGACCAUGAUGAUAAGUUGGAUUUGGAGCUUAGGCUUGGAUACAAUUAAUUUGAAAUUAAUUCUAGCAUGAGGAAUUGGAGAUUAAUAUUAUGAUUCCAAAUAAAUUUCAAUAGAGGGGUAUGUCAUGUAGCUAGGUACUGAUUAUAUUUAAUAAAUGUUAUU